UUGGGGAUGGGUUAAAUGCCUGUUUUCAGGACACUGUACAGGAACCUACCAGGAAGUGUUAACAGGAAGUUGCGGUCGGCUGCGGACGGAUCAACGCUGCUUCUUUCGUUUGUGUUACCGUUGUGGAGUGAAAUGGGGGAGGCUGAUGUGACACUGAGUCAGGCCGAUGAGAAGCCUCCAGACACGGGCUUGGUCAGCGGAGAGGACCCGGUGGUUUGGAGCCAUGAGGUGGAGGUUUGUCUGUUUCACGCGAUGAUCGGACACAAACCAGUCGGGGUGAACCGUCACUUCCACAUGAUCUGCAUCAGAGACAAGUUCAGCCAGAACAUCGGCCGACAGGUGUCGUCCUCUGUCAUCUGGGAUCAUCUGGGGACCAUGUAUGACAUGCAGGCUCUGCAUGAGUCAGAGAUCCUGCCAUUUCCCAACUCAGAGAAGAGCUUCUCUCUACCUGAUGACAUCAUCCAGGAGGUUAAGGAAGGUAAGCUGGGCUCAGAAGAGGAGAACAAAGAAGAAUUCAGGAUGGAAAGAGAGCCUCCAGCUACACAUGAAGAAGGCAGCAACUCAUCAGUGAAGAUGUCUGAGCGAAUGUGCAGCGGUCGGGACAAAGAGAGAGAGCGAGACAAGGAGAAGGGAGGGAGUGAAGCAGCAGCAGCAGCAGCAGCAGCAGGUGGAGGAGGAGGAGGAGGAGGGAAGGAGGCAGAGAAGAGGAAGAGGAGUCGAGCGGCUGAGAAGCUGCUAUCGUCCUCCAACCCUGCAAGUCCAGGAGGGGUCAAGAGGAGGCGCACCUGAGAGAUGGACAGAGUGAGGAGGAGAGGAGAGGCCUGAAAGACGUACAAACUGAAGCAGAGAAGAUGAAGCUGUAAAGAAAAGAAGACACCCCUUCUCUGAUUGGCUGCUCCGCCGUCAGUUAUCCCGACUUAUGCAGACUUCAUCGUGCCGUCAGAGAGACAGGAAGCGACGCAGAUUGUGCCGUAUUUGUUUUUCUACCUGUUUUUAUUAUUUUGCUGUGUCAUGUCGUGACCCGUUCAGUUCAGUCUGCAUCACCUUCGCUGCUGCAGUGAGCAGCAACACAUCGUCCCUCUUCUGGUUGUAAGUUGAUGCCUACAUUACCCAUUGUGGGGACAUUAACAGAACAUCUGGUCUUUUGGUCAAAGAUCCAAAAUAAAGUGUGUAGAUGUAGAUUCAAGGUGGAGUGAACUACAUUUCACUGUGUCCACUGUUCCUGUAAGAUCAUCUCACACAAGAACAAUUACACGAAUCCCUUGUUCUCCAGAGCUCAGGGUCCAGUUCCACUGAGACCAGAGGCUGAGGCUGGCGCUGGACCAGACUGGACUCGCUGACUGUUACACAGCAAUAAAGCCCCAUGAUCAGUGUUUUACUGUGAGUCGCUGAGCUGCAGGGGACGUGUGUCAAACAUACGAGAUUGAAGCAUCUGAAAGGAUUUUUAAUAAAACCUGUGUUGAUGUGUGAGGCUGUUUGUGUCAUUAAAGAUGAUCUCAGAUCA